UUACGAUGAUGAUGACUGCUGUUUUAUUUUUGAUUGUAUGUAUAUUUAUUAUAAGUCUGUACACUGAUUUUUCUCACGUUUUGCCUCACCUGACACCUGUAUUUGUGAAUUUUAUUUUAUUUUUUUCGCUGUUGUUAUUGUUUUUGUCUCAAAAAGAUGUAAAAAUUAGAAAAGCACUACGAAGCAGCAGGAAGGUCAGAGCCAGAACCUUAGAAAAAACUAAUCAUGCUGAUUUUUAGUCUUUUGUUUACAUAUGGAGACAUCUUAAGGUGUUUGGAAUCUCUUUUUAUGAUUAAUUCUUGAAUGAUUUGUUUUAAAACCUGGUUUUCAUCGACAGGAAGUGAGGCUUCCUGUUCCCUGAACCUGACCUUCGCCGCUCGCCAUUGGCAGCCAGCAGCCGGGCUUCAGUGCUGCGUAACAGAGGCACUGCGCUGUAGAUAGCUACGCUUUUAAAAGCAGCAUUAAUAAUCCAUUUAAAGAAACAAACUCCUGACUAGUUUAUUCAUUUAUUUAUUAAUUGAUCGCCUCUCAUCUUUAUCCUUCCUCAUUUAUUUAAUCUCACCGUCAUCCUCCUCUCUUUCCUUUCAGCUCAUUCCUGCAUGGCGCCCAGGCGUCCAGAUUUCAGGGUUAAAGGGCACCCUCCUUCCUCCUCCUCUUCCUCCCUGUCACAGAUAGCAUGAGAUACUCAAGACUUUGUAUAAAAAAACAACCAGUUAAUUCAUAAAACUUGUGAUUUAAAGUUACACACCAGUACUGUUCAGACAAAAACUGUUAAAUUACAAAAAAAAAGUGCAAAAGAUAAAUUACAAAAAAAAAAAAAAAAAAACGUGAAUAACAAGCAGCUGAAGGGGAGAGGGGACUGGUUUAAGACUGGGAUUGAAGGUGGCAAAAAUAAAAUAAGAAGUGCAGGUUUUGUGGAUUUUCUGCAGCGACACGUCAAAAAAAGUUUCAAAUUCACUUCACAAUAAAACGUAAAAACCAAGAAACGCUGGUUUCAAACCGGUAAAAGAUAAACUUUCUUGUGCUUUGUAGCUACAGAACUUUUCUUUCUCUGUGUAAUCUCAUUUUCUUUGAAAUAAAUUAAGCAAUGUUUUGGAAAAAGGUUCCCGAGCUGAUCCCGGACGACCCCCCGUGUUGUUGUAAUGCUCUAAGCUCCGCCCCCAAACUCCUCUUCCUUUUACCGGUCUGCCUGUUUCCCUGCAUUAGAACCAUGUCCUCACUUUAGCCUGACUCAGAACGAUUAAAUAUAAUAUUAUAACAAUAUCUAUUUUUUAUUAUUUAAAAGAAAAAAAACACUUUUCUGGGGAGAGCACGUUUCUCGCUGCGUCCGCUAGUUAGGGAUGCCGCAUGUUCACACAUCGAAGCUGUCUAAACUCAUGCUUCUUCCUCUUCUGUCUUUUUUCAGUUUCUUUCACUCCUUCCAGGUCUAUAAUGAAAAGCACAGUUCUCACAACACACACACACAAACACACACAAGUAGAUUUGGAAAUUUGUUAUUUAUUCAUGCCUAAUCUAUGUUACCUGUCAUCUAUAUAAACCUUUUCCUGCCUUUUUCAGUUCUAGUUUUUAAAAGAGAAACUGUGUAAAAUGACAUGAUGAUCCAGAGUUUUGGCAUUCUGUUCCUGUUCUCCUCACAGACGUUUUUAUUUUUAAUUCUUUGUUCUGUUCUUUACCCAGUGAAUGCUCUUUUCUUUUUCCUGUGCAGCUUUUUUCUCUCUUCUUCUCCCUCUUCUCUUCUUUAGUGAAUGGUUGUUAUUUCAUGUGGGAUGUCCGUGCUGGAAAAAAACCAAUCGAAUGUAGUGUUUACAUUAAAAAGCCACUGUUUUCAUGACUACAGAAAAAGACAGUUUUUCUUCUUGUCUCUGAAUCUUUCUGCGUCUCAUCUUUCUGGCUGAAUGUUAGAGAUUCAGACUGAAAGAAAUAUUUUUUUAUCUGCAGAGGGCCGUGUUCACAGUUCUUUGUUCGAACACAGCGAGGUGGUUCUGUACGCCCGGUACUUCAUGUCUGACAUGGUGCUGCAGAUCCUGUCCUGAUAGAAAACCCGACACAAAGAGUCCUUGUUGCAGCAGACAGAACAGUGGAAGUGAGCUGGAGUCAGGAGCAGAGAAGCUUUCAUCCUCGCUGCUGACGAGAACCUGCCGUCUGGUUCAGUGGGUUCAGCUUUAAUGAUAGAGAGAGGCUGAACCCUGAGAGAGAGAGAGGGAGGCUGAACAGAGAGAAAGAGAGAGGGAGACAGACAGAACGAACCCUGAGAGGGAGAGAGAAACUGAAACUCGAAGAGAAAGGCCAAACCCCUAAGAGAGGGGCCAAACCCCAAAGAGAGGGGCCAAAACCCAAAGAGAGGGGCCAAAACCCAAAGAGAAUGGCCAAAACCCAAAGAGAGAGGCCAAAACCCAAAGAGAACGGCCAAAACCCAAAGAGAGAGGCCAGAACCCAAAGAGAAUGGCCAGAACCCAAAGAGAGUGGCCAAAACCCAAAGAGAGGGGCCAAAACCCAAAGAGAGGGGCCAAAACCCAAAGAGAGAGGCCAAAACCCAAAGAGAGAGGCCAAAACCCAAAGAGAGAGGCCAAAACCCAAAGAGAGGGGCCAGAACCCAAAGAGAAUGGCCAAAACCCAAAGACAGGGGCCAAAACCCAAAGAAUGGCCAAAACCCAAAGACAAAGGCCAAAACCCAAAGAGAGGGGCCAAAACCCAAAGAGAGGGGCCAAAACCCAAAGAAUGGCCAAAACCCAAAGACAAAGGCCAAAACCCAAAGAGAGGGGCCAAAACCCAAAGACAAAGGCCAAAACCCAAAGUCAAAGGCCAAAACCCAAAGAGAGGCACCAAAACACAAAGAGAGGGGCCAAAACCCGAAGAGAGGGCCAAAACCCGAAGAGAGGGCCAAAACCCAAAGAGAGGGGCCAAAACCCAAAGAGAGGGGCCAGAACCCAAAGAGAAUGGCCAAAACCCAAAGAGAAUGGCCAAAACCCAAAGACAAAGGCCAAAACCCAAAGAGAGGGGUCAAAACCCCAAGACAAAGGUCAAAACCCAAAGAGAGGGGCCAAAACCCAAAGAGAGGGGCCAAAACACAAAGAGAGGGGCCAAAACACAAAGAGAGGGGCCAGAACCCAAAGAGAGGGGCCAGAACCCAAAGAGAAUGGCCAAAACCCAAAGACAAAGGCCAAAACCCAAAGACAAAGGCCAAAACCCAAAGACAAAGGCCAAAACCCAAAGACAAAGGCCAAAACCCAAAGAGAGGGGCCAAAACCCAAAGACAAAGGUCAAAACCCAAAGACAAAGGCCAAAACCCAAAGACAAAGGCCAAAACCCAAAGAGAGGGGCCAAAACCCGAAGAGAGGGCCAAAACCCAAAGAGAAAGGGAAACUGA